CUUAUUUCAGAGAAUGAAAGACCAUGCCUUGAAUUCUCUCAUCUAAGUAUAAAGGAUUCCUUCAGAGAUUUAUUUAUUCCAAGAAUAGAGAUAAUUCUGAUGAUGUAUACAAGGAACAACCUAAAUUGUGCUAAGCCACUGUUUGAACACAAUAACUCACUUAAUGUUAAUUUCAACACACAAAAGAAAACAGUCUGGCUUAUUCAUGGAUACAGACCAAUGGGCUCCAUCCCAUCAUGGCUUCAGAACUUCGUAAGCAUUUUGCUGAAUGAAGAAGAUAUGAAUGUAAUUGUAGUUGACUGGAACCGAGGUGCUACAACUUUUAUUUACGAUAGAGCGGUUAAAAACACCAGAAAAGUUGCUGUGAGUUUGAGUGGGCACAUUAAAAAUCUUUUGAAGCAUGGUGCAUCUCUUGACAAUUUUCAUUUCAUAGGUAUGAGCUUAGGGGCUCAUAUCAGUGGAUUUGUUGGAAAGAUAUUUAAUGGUCAACUUGGAAGAAUAACAGGUCUUGACCCUGCUGGGCCAAAGUUCUCCAGAAAACCACCAUAUAGAAGAUUGGAUUACACUGAUGCAAAGUUUGUGGAUGUCAUCCAUUCUAACUCCCAUGGUUUAGGCAUUCGAGAGCCCUUGGGACAUAUAGAUUUUUAUCCAAAUGGAGGAAGGAAACAACCUGGCUGUCCUAAAUCAAUUUUCUCAGAUUACCAGUAGACGUCCAUUUGGUACUGGCAAUACCCAGUUGCAUUUUUGGCCUAUUAUUUCAUUCUCAGUAUAACUGUUCCGGAUAAAACUGUGAUGGAUGGCUUUUUUUCAUUUAAAUUAUUAAACCAGCUUGGAAUGAUUGAAGAGGCAAGGUUUUAUAAAAAGAACAAACCACUUUGUAAACUUCAAGAAAUCAAGAUUCUUGCUCAAUUUUACAAUGACUUUGCAAAUAUUUCAAGCAUUGGUUUGACGUAUUUCCAGAGCUCAAAUAUGGAGUGUUCCACAUGCACAUACAAGAUCCAGAGUCUCAUGUUAAAAUCACUUACAUAUCCAGAAAGACCACCUCUUUGCGGGUAUAAUAUUGUACUUAAAGAAAAAGAGGAAGUGUUUCUUUAUCCAAACGCGUGCACAGCAAAGAAAACAUAAGAUGCCUUCUUCUAUCAAAUGCACUUGUUUAUGAAUUAACGGACUUGUAAACAAAACAAUGCAAUCAGUCUUUCUUUAAUAAUGCACUGUUCAAUUUGAGAUUCAGGUAUUUCUAUUUCUUAAAAAAAAAUUGAGAAUCAAAAAUAAAGAAAAUAAAAAAUGCAUACAGUUAAGCAUUCCAAA